GGCAGAGCUGAGGCGGUUCCGCGACAACCAAAACAACGGCCCGGCCCGGCAGCCCUUGCGCCCGCGCCCCAUCGCCACCUUCCCCGCCGCCGCUGCGCGGCGGGGCCCGCUCGGGGCGUGAGGUGGGCGCGGAGACCCCCGUCCCGUCCCGCUGCCGCCGACAUGAAGCUCCGCGUACGGCUGCAGAAGCGAACGGCGGCCCUGGAGGUGCAGGGGGCGGAGCCAACGCUAGGGGAGCUGCGCGCGCAGCUGCGCCUGGCCCUGCUGCCCGCCUGGGGGUACAGUUCUGAUACCACAUUUUCAAUAACAUUGAACAGAAAAGAUGCUCUCACAGAGGAUCAGAAGACCUUAGCUUCAUAUGGGAUUGUUUCUGGUGAUUUGAUAUGCUUAUUACUAGAAGAGCCAGAUGGACAACCCAGCCUACCUCCUCCUCCUGCUUCUCCUGCCCCACUUCAGAAUGGCCAUGAGCCAUCCACCUUGAUCUCCAACAACAGUCAGGCCAGCAGUCCAAGAGAAGAGCAGAAUGUGCAAUCUAACAAUGAGAAAGCUCAGGUGGAAGUUCAGGAGAGUGAUGAGAGGGCAGGAUCCAGCCAAGAAUUUCCUUCUGGAUUAGUCCCAGAAGAUCCUGACCUGGAAGGUACAGGUUCCUAUCCCUCUGAACCCAUGCUGUGCAGUGAAGCUGCUGAUGGUGAAACACCCCAUUCCUUAGAGAUGCUCUACCUUUCUGCUGAGUGUACCAGUGCCACUGAUGCCUUGGUCGUUCUGGUUCAUCUUCUCAUGAUGGAGACAGGCUAUGUACCUCAGGGGAUAGAAGCCAAGGCAGUCUCCAUGCCAGAGAAAUGGAGAGGGAAUGGUGUUUAUAAGCUACAGUACACACAUCCCCUUUGUGGAGAUGGUUCUGCUGGUUUGACUUGUGUGCCUCUGGGAGAUCUUAUUGCUAUUAAUGCAACAUUAAAAAUCAACGAAGAGAUUAGAAGUGUUAAGAGAAUCCAGCUAUUGCCAUCAUCCUUUGUUUGCUUUCAGGACCCAGAGAAGGUUGCAGGUGUUUACAAAGACCUUCAGAAAUUGUCCCGUCUCUUUAAAGACCAGCUGGUUUACUCUCUCCUAGCUGCUGCACGACAAGCUUUGAACUUGCCAGAUGUGUUUGGGUUAGUGGUCCUUCCUCUUGAGCUCAAGCUUCGGAUUUUCAGACUUCUGGAUGUCCGUUCCCUCAUCUCUCUCUCCGCUGUUUGCCGUGAUCUCUACACAGCUUCCAAUGACCAGCUUCUCUGGAGGUUUAUGUAUCUGCGGGAUUUCCGAGAUCCUAUUUCAAGGCCUCGUGACACAGAUUGGAAAGAACUAUACAAGAAAAAGUUGAAACAGAAGAAGGAAGCUCUGAGAUGGAGGCACAUGAUGCUUCUGCCCCCUAUACCUCAUCCAAUCCCAUUUCAUCCCAACCCAUUCUAUCCUAAUCCCUUUCCACCCAACCCAUUCCCAUCAAAUCCAAUCUAUCCCCCAAUGAUCAUUGGGGGAGAAUAUGAUGAGAGACCAACACUUCCAUAUGUUGGAGACCCAAUUAACUCACUCAUUCCUGGCCAGGGAGAAGCACCAGGUCAGUUUCCUCCAUUCAGACCACAUUUUGACCCCAUUGGCUCCCUGCCUGGAGCAAACCCUACACUUCCAGGACGAGUUGGUCCCAGUGACAGGUUUCCACCUCGACCCAGCCGGGGCCGCCCCAUGGACAUUCGCCGUGCAUUCAUUUGAUUGCUGCUUUUUCCUGCAGGGAGUUUUGUAGUCGCUGAGCUUGCUUUCUAACUGUAGGAGAUUGCAAAUCCCAGGCACUAACAUCUGCCUUCAGAUUGUGUCAAGAGCAUGUGUGCAUGGUGAUGUCCCAACUGCAGAGGCUGGGUUUGUUUUGUGCUCUGGUAGUGCUGUAUCACCUGGCACUUAAGGUCUGUUCCUCAAAGAGCUACAACUUAGAGCAGUUUGUUCUGCUGCCCCCCGUCCUUGCCCUUAAUCUCUGUGAAGUGCUACUUAGAGACCAGAAUAACGGCCAAAUCCUUACUGCAUCAGAUAAAGAGCACUUUAAAUACAAA